UACUUUGAAGGAAAAUCGCCGAGUUCAUGGCCUUAUUCUUGCUCGGUCUUGUUUAUUCCUGCCUGCGGAACGGAGGUCUUCACAGACGUAUUUUUUGUUAUCUGUGACGUUAUCCUGAUCAAUUUCCAGCCAGGCUUUUUAGUGCAAAACUGAGAAAAGCGGAGGAAGAACCAUGACAUCCAGACUCCUCCCCCUCCUGGCGUGCAUCCCACUUCUCGCCAUGCCCCUCCUGGCACAGGAGCCCAGCGCUGCGGAAAUCCAGGACCUGAGCACCAGAAAUGCUGACUUCGCCGCCCGGCUGUACCGUGCCAUUGCUAGCACCACUGAUGACAACGUCCUUCUCUCCCCAUUCACCGUAUCUCUGGGUUUAGCUGCAUUGAUGAGUGGCGCUGACGGCUCUACACGCGAGCAACUCCUUCAGGGCCUGAGUCUGAAUGCUCUCGAUUACCUAAGGAUCCCAGAACUGUUCCAGAGUGUCCGGGAUAGCAUGGCCCAGAGCGGGUUUGUGAACCAGGGUAUCGGCAUCCUUCCCCGCCAGCAGUUCAAAGUGGACUCGACCUACCGAGACAUUGUGCAGACCAAGUAUGGAGGAAAUGUCCAGGGGCUGGACUAUAGCGACGGGGCAGCCAAGGACACCAUCAACCAGUUUUUCUCCACCUACACCAGGGAGCAGGUGAAGGAGGUGGUCAGCGCCAUCGACCCCCAGACCCAGAUGAUGCUAAUCACUGCCGUCUUCUUUCAAGGCCAGUUUGCCCUCACCUUCAAUACCAGCUUCACCCAGGACGAGCGCUUCUACGUGAACAAGUACAAAAUUGCCAUGGUUCCCAUGAUGUUCCGCUCCGACAAGUACUACCUGGCGUACGACCGCUCUCUCAAACUGGGUGUCCUGAAGCUGCCCAUGACGGGUGGCGCCGCCAUGCUGGUGCUUCUGCCCGACGAUGACGUGGACUACACCUCCAUCGAUGAGGAGAUCACGGGAGAACGCUUCCAAGGCUGGCUCAAACAACUCAAGAGGACAAGGCUAGAGGUGCAGCUGCCUAGAUUUAUACUGGAGCAGUCAUACUCCCUGCAGAAGGUCCUGCCAGGCCUGGGGAUCAGCGAGGUCUUCCAGGACAGCGCUGACUUCUCUGGCAUCGGUGGGGAAACGGGCCUGAGGCUCUCUGAGGUUGUGCACAAGGCGGCCAUCAUCGUGGACGAGACAAGCAGCACCGGGAAUGCUCAUGCCCCGAACAUCUUCGCUAGUCUACCUCCUCGGCUCACCGUGAACCGGCCUUUCCUCUUCCUAAUUUACCACCAGGCCACUAGCAGCAUUCUCUUCAUGGGCAGGGUGAUCGACCCCACCAAGAAGUAACUGCAACCGUAACCAUUGUGUCAUAUAGGUGUUUGUGGUUGAGUAAUAACACUGUAACUAAUGGUCUUGUCUGCCUGUAUUGUCCUCUUAUAAACACUCAAGUUGCAGGGCACCAUAGGUGUCUGUAGAUAGUAUUAAUGCAUCCUUAUGGUGAUUUACUUGGUGAACUAUAGGUCAUAUUCAGAUAUAGUGACACUUGAGGUCAGAAUGCAAUUGGACAAAAUGUAUAGUUUUCACUAUUUGCAUACCAAUAUGUUGAGCAGUUAUGCAAUUGCCUUCAUCUUAAGUACUACUCUCCCUCUCUUUUUUGCUCCCUCCCUUUGAGGCUUAAUUUGUCAUUUUAAAGGCGCUGAACAUGUUUUGCCUGCUGUACUCUAAAAUAAUAACAUUUGCACUAUGUAACCUAUAGGGACCAAUUGUGUUUAAAACAGAACAAAGUACUAACAAACUCUGUGGUGUUUUCCCGGACACAGAUUAAGCCUAGUCCUGGACUAAAAACGACUUUAGGAGAUUCUCCAUUGAACAUGCUUUUUAGUCCAGGACUAGGUUUAAUCUGUGUCCGAGAGAACCAGCCCCAAAAAGUCAUUCACUGACUUAUGCUUUAUAUUAGAAUAAGAAAGUAAGUAAGUUGAGCUCAUUAUCAUGUCACAUAUUCAACACAGGUUUAUUGAUUGGGUGGUGAGGGUUGGCAUGGGUGGAUCACUCAGGCGCUUCAGAGGCACCAGGCACAAUCUCAUUGGUGGGAUGGAGAAAUUCCGGUACCAAUCACAAGUGUUGGAUCAUAUAGUCAUAAAAACUGCUUUUUUUUUUCUUCAAUAGCCAUUUGGGAAAAUAUAAAACAUAAGAGAAGAGACUUUUCAAAGCAUGCUAUAAUACAGAAAAAAAUUGCCAAUAAAUAAAAGUACAAAUAAAAUGCAUACUGUUACAUA